UGUAUACUACUCUGCGGAAUUUGAGACAAGACAUUCAAUUGGUAGAAGAAAGGGUGACAAAACACAUGGAUUUGAUCUUCACACUCAAAUAUCAUCUGCAGAGACAAGUCUCAGAUUCUGCAGACUUGUAUAAGACUGUGGUGAAGGUGAUACAACACAUGGAUUUCAUCAAGAAUGAAGUGAUGGAGAUUUUUGCAUUCAAAGAUCAGCUGCAGAGACAAGUCUUGGCAUAUGCUGAUUCCUCAACAUAUGCAAACUUGUUCAAGACUGAGGUGGUGAAUUUCAUAGAAGACGUGGAUUUGCUUAAGAAUGAAGUGAUGGAGAUUUUUGCAUUCAAAGAUCAGUUGCAGAGACAAGUCUCGCCAUCUGCUAAUUCCUCCACAUAUGCAGACAUGGAUUUGGAUUUGAUCAAGAAAGACAUGAUGGAGAUCAUUGCAAUCAAAGAUCAGCUAGAGAUACAAGUCUCAGCCUCUUCUGAUUCCUCAACAUCUGCAUACUUUUAUGAGAGUUUGCAGAAGGUGAUAGAAGACAUGGAUUUGAUCAAGAAAGAAGUGAUGGAGAUCGUUGCACUCAAAGAUCAUAGACAAGUCUCUGGUGGUUCCUCAACAUCUUCUUUCUCUAGGCCGAACAGCACAACCAUGGUGGGCUUUGAUGAUGUCAUGCUUCAACUCAUGGAGAAGCUCAUUUACGGACAACCCGGUCGCCAAGUCAUCCCAAUCGUAGGAAUGGGAGGAAUUGGUAAGACUACUCUUGCCACAAAUGUUUAUAAAAAAACAGUUGAUAGUCGUCAUUUUGAUAAAUGUGCUUGGGUUACAAUUUCUCAACAAUAUAACACAAAAGAACUUCUUUGUGAAAUUCUAUCUCAAGCCAAUAAACAAAGGUUGAGUCAAAUGAGUGAAGAUGAAAUAGGAGUAGCACUCCACAAAUGUUUAUCAUAUAGAAGGUAUCUAGUUGUGUUGGAUGAUAUGUGGAGUAUUGAGGCAUGGGAUAAGAUACAACGCUAUUUACCUGACAAUAGUAAUGGUAGUCGGAUAAUGGUGACAACUAGGCUAUCGAAUUUGGGAUCUCAAUUGGAUAACAAUUAUAGCCUUGAAAUGGAAUUUAUGAAUGAAGAAAGUAGUUGGAAUAUGUUCUGCAAAAUUGUGUUUGGGGGGAAAAGUUGUCCUUUAGAAUUGGAGAAAAUUGGAAAGAAGAUUGUGAAGAGUUGCAGAGGACUUCCAUUAUCAAUUGUUGUGAUGGGAGGUCUUUUGGAAAAAUUGGAACAAACCAAAGAAUGUUGGGAAUCUAUUAGGGGAAGCAUAAAUUCACUAGUGAAUUUGGAGAAUGAUAAGCAUUGCUUGAAAAUACUGAAGUUGAGCUACAACCAUUUGCCAGUUUAUCUUAAGCCGUGCUUUCUAUAUAUGGGAAUGUUUGAGGAGGAUAGUAAAAUUCGAGUGUCGAAAGUCAUCAAGCUAUGGGUUUCUGAAGGAUUUCUAAAACCAAUAAGUGGCAAGAGUUUGGAAACAAUUGCAAAAGAGUACUUAGAUGAACUAGUUGAUAGAAAUCUAAUUCUUGUUCACGAGUUGGGGUCAACUGGAAACAUGAAGUACUGCAAAAUCCAUGAUCUAUUAAGAGACCUUUGCAUAAAAGAAGCUCAAAAGGAGAGGUUUUAUGAUGUGGUCAGGCCACAUAGUCCUCAAGGCACGUGUAGCCAACGACGUGUAGCUAUUCUGGGAAGUACUUCAAAGGAGAAAGUGAUAGAUGCCAUGAAAUCUAGACCAUAUGCUCGUACAUGUAUAAGUGAUUCUGAAAAAGUUGAACUAUUGUCGUAUUGGAAAUUGUUGAGGACAUUGAGACUACGCGAUGAGGGUCAAUUUCCUGGGCAUUCUCUGGAAAAAUUAUAUGAGUCUAGCCAAGUUCCUUCUUCCAUGAAUCUCCACGGGCACUCUAGCCAAGUUCCUUCUUCCAUGAAUCUCCUCUGGCGUCUGCAGACAUUAAUCGUCUCUUCUCAAAAAGUAGUUAAUGCACCUGUUCAAAUUUGGAACAUGUCUCAACUGAGGCAUGUUAAGGUGAGGAGUGAAGCAUGGCGUCUCCCGGCUCCUCCGAGUGACAACAUUGUGAUCAUGGAGAAUCUACAGACCUUGAAAGGAGUGAAACACGAGCAAUAUUCUUUAAUUAAAAUAUACAGAGUUACCAACAUUGGAAAUUGGAUGGGACAUUUUACAUAA